CUCUUUAGCAGGAAGUGGAGUUUUGCUUGCUGACAGAAUCAUGAUUCCCAUUUCGGUAGCGUAGGAUCGAGGUUGGGACCCUUGGGCAGAAUUUGUAAUCCGAAUCAAAACGUACUUCCGUGCUUGAAGCUCGUCUCCAUUACACCACUCGUACAUAAUUCCAUCCGUCCCUCGCGCUUUCAGAUGAUUUGAAACCUAACCUACCCAUUACUGAUUCACCUCUGCUGGUGAGAAAACAGGAAAAAAAAAAAGAAAAAAAAGAAGAGGUAUUCUCCCGAGUCACCUCAUUUGCUACUUGCAGCAAAUCCAGCUCUCUGCUUUCUGAGUUUGGCUGAAUCGGACGUGAAUUUGCUUCAAUGGGUUUUGGCAAAGCAUCUCUCCGGUGCCUCUUUUUGUUUUCUUUCCUCAAUCCCAGACUCCCAUUGCUGCAGUGCUGUCACCCGCCGAAUCACAUCACAUCACCCUAAAUUUGUCUGAAUGCGGCAGAGGACACCUCCAGCCGUUACAAAUAGCUUCAUCCCGUCCCCAUGUAAACUACACUCUAUUCUUUGCUUAAUCAUCGCAAUAAGUCCCCUGCCUUUGAAUAGCGUUUGAUCGAUCGGAGAUAUGGGAGAAGCCGAUCAGCAGCCGGCCGGCCUGAAGCUAAGUGUCAUGGGACUCGAAUCAGGGGAACCCACCACCGUCGCCGAAAUGGUCACGGAUCCCAGAACCCGCCGGAUGUGGUGGAUUCGAGUCUCCAUGUACAUCGCCUUCGUUAUCGCCGGACAAUCGGCGGCGACGCUGCUCGGAAGACUCUACUACGCGAAGGGUGGCAACAGCAAGUGGAUGGCGAGCCUCGUCGAAUGCGGCGGCUUCCCGGUCCUCAUCCCUCUCUACAUCCUCACCAAGAAAAACUCGCCGCCGGCGAACAGCAACAGCAAUUCCACCUCCCAUGUUUCCCUUCCGAUCCUGACCCUCGCUUACACCGUCAUGGGGAUUCUGAUUGCCGGAUUCAGCUUGCUCUACUCCGUGGGACUGAUGUACCUUCCUGUGUCAACCUACUCCUUAAUCUCCGCAUCCCAAUUAGGGUUCAAUGCCCUCUUCUCCUUCUUCAUCAAUUCCCAGAAAAUCACCACCUACAUCCUCAAUUCCCUCGUCCUCCUCACUCUCUCGUCAAUUCUCCUCGUCUUCGAAAACCCUAGCUCCUCCGAAUCGGCCCAAUCGGGUUCCUCGCGGCGCAAUUUUGCGAUUGGCUUUCUUUCCACGGUCGGCGCAUCCGUCGGGUACGGGCUGCUGCUGACCCUGACCGAGUUCUUCUUCGAGAAGGUGGUGAGGAGGCGGACGUUCAAAGUGGUGGUGGACGUUCUGGUGUACCCGCCGGCGGUUGCGAGCGCGGCGGUGGUCGCGGGGCUGUUCGGCAGCGGGGAGUGGAAGGGAAUUGGGAAGGAGAUGGAAGGGUUUGAAUUGGGGAAAGCUUCGUACGUGAUGACGUUGGUGUGGACGGCGGUUUGUUGGCAGGUGUUCUCGAUAGGGUGCGUGGGGUUGAUAUUCGAGGUGUCGUCGCUGUUUUCGAACGUUAUCGGGACGUUUGGGCUGCCGGUGGUGCCGAUUCUUGCGGUGGUUUGUUUUCGGGACGAGAUGGGUGGUUUGAAGGUGAUAGCUAUGGUUUUGGCAGUUUGGGGGUUUGUUUCGUAUCUGUAUCAGCAUUACCUUGACGACCGUGAGGAUUCCGGAUCCAAGUUUGAGAGCGAUGGUGGCCGGAGCUCCGGCGAGGGAGAUGAUCAGGAGACUCUGGGAGAAGGGUUGUUAGUGUAGAAAAAUGUGUAGCGUGGAAGUAGCUAGGGUAUUGAACUAUAUUGGUCGAGUUCUUCGGGUUGGAGGCAGCAUAUGUAUUCUAUGUUUCCUGCUCUACGGUUUCGUUAUUUGAUGUGAAUAAGGUGAUGAGAAAGUAACAUAUGUAGUAUUUUUCAUUUAAUCGUUGCAAGUUUUCAUUUAAUUGUUGUAAGGUUAUUGAGGUAUUGUAAUCAUGUAGAGGCAUUGCAAUGUAAUGGUCAAAUAUAUAUUAGGGACAUCAAGAUUGUAUUUAUAAGUAACUUUGAGUUGACAGUCAGUUUAUUUACAUAAAAUUAUUAACUUUUCUAUUUCAAUUUUCACAAAAUUGUGAAUAGGAGAAGUGAAAACCUCUCAGUUAUAUUUAUCUCUACUGAUUUUCCCCCUCUAUUUGGUUGACCUAUCUGUGUAUUUUGGAUGAUUGUCUCUAGCCAAUUUAGACGAUCUUUACACCCGGGGACUGGCGUAGCCAGACUUUGAGUUCAUUGGGAUCCCUAAAAAUUUACUAAUAUUAAGUCUGUGUAUCUACUGAAUUUUGAGUUGAUCAGGGUUCCUGGUAAUCUAACAUCGUUGAGAGUAAGGAGUCUUAAACUUCAAGGAUCGUACUAAACCCUACGUAUUUAAUAGAUUUUGUUGCCCAAUUUUUUGCCAAGUGGGGUCCUAGGACCCCUCUCCUCCUCACCUCCCUCCGCCACUUUCCGGGGAAUACAAUGUGACUCGAAGGUCUCCGCAUCCUUAUCGCACAAACAACUUUUCUCUCUGUUAACUUGGAGAUGACACCAGUAGCAAUAGAGGUGAUGUAGGCAU